CUCUCGCGGGCGCCUUUCAAUCCAUAUGCAGAACUGUCUUCCAAGUCUAUAUUGACGCCUCUCUGAUACCGAGUUCAAGCCCUCUCUGCGAGCUACCUCUGGCCACCGAGCGAGGAUCGGGCUUUGUCAGAUCGCCCGUGUAUCUUGUUCGCAAGUGGCAAUCCUCAGGCUUCUUCUUGUGUAAGAGCGGUGCAUCCUACCCACUCACCUCGCAAUGCCACCAAACGUCAUAAUCAUUCCUCGCUUCCGGCCACCUCUAUGGUGUUGCAUCCAUGAACUGCCAAACGAGAUCCUCGAGAUGAUAUUCGUGUCCUCCGCCCCACCAUGCCUCUCCGAGCCUACACCUGGCAGCGUCAAACGGUUUGUCCAAUAUAUGAAACGCGCAGGCGUGCGCGACUACCCCAGUCUUCUCGCCCUCGUCUGCCGCCGGUGGCGCGAAGUGGCUCGCACCAGCCAGACCCUCCACUCCUUUGUCUUCGUCGAUGUUGAAAACGCGUACAAAUUCAGGCAAAGCGACGACUACUAUGCGUCCUUCUUCGCGCGCUCGGGCAAUCACCCUCUGACGUUCUCGAUAAACGGCUUGCAGGCGGCCUGCAUUGACCUGCUGGCCGCCGCACCCUUCCGGGAUCAACUCCCGCGCAUGAAGUGGGCGUGCAUCGAUAUGUAUGUCGAGCAGUAUGUCUUCCAAUUUGACGGCCCUACUGGGUACGAGGUGUUCCCUUUGUUUCCCGGGGUCAAGACGCCACUUCUGGAGACUAUUCACGUCGAUGUUGGGGAGGAUGGAGGGCUAAGCGCUUCGCUCGGUGCGCACCAGUAUUUUGAGGGUCUGUCCAAAGGAAAUAUGGGUGAGGAUCGCAAGAUCCUGCGCCAUGCGCCCCGGCUCUCAUCGUUCUCGAUGGAAAGGUUCGACCCCGAGGGCUCCUGGAGGACUUAUUCUCUGCAGAAUGCCGGCCUGAAUUACGGGAUCAUCACCUCCUUGCGGCUGCCCUACGUGCAGCUUCGCGCGGCUGCUUGGCUCAAGUUUCUCGCACUGUUUCCCGUGCUUGAGGUCUUUAGCUGCCGGUUGUUCGACACCGAAACCCAGGAGGAUCCAGACAGCGAGGAUGGGCAGUCCAGUAGUGAGGAUGAGCAGUCUAGUGAUGAGGAUGAGCAGUUCGGUUGCGAGGAUGCGGGAAACGUGGCGGGACCGCUCACGCUCCCCUUCGUGACCGACCUCUCCAUCUGCAGCGACUCUGGUAACGACGGCGCAACACUGUAUUCUGCGGACGAGCAGACCGGCCUCGAAAGACUCCUCGAUGGACUUGUCCUCCCCUCCCUCAAAACCUUCUCUUACAAGACUAACAGCUUCAACACGAAAGACAGCACGCGCCGCGGACUCAACAAAGAUGAAGACUACUUGACGUACGACAUGUUCCUGCCUCCCGCACUGCAGAACCUCAUUCAGCGCUCCGGCUGCGAGGUGCACGAGCUCGCGCUGAACAUUUUCGAUAUGAGUCUGCGCGACGUCGUACUCGUACUAGAGAUCCUAACCGAGCUGCACACGUUGCACCUCGACCUGAGCAUGCAGGCUUGCGAGGAUGCAGGCGAGCUGCUUGGACGGCUGGCGCGCCGGUCAGGGGGAGGUGGCCUCACCCAGUCAGCGGAGGGCGACUUCGAGCUCGUGCCGAAGCUCAGUCGCUUGGUUCUCGAUAACCAGGAGAGGGACGUUUACCAUCAUCAAGGUGCACUUAUCCUCAGCGAUCUCGUUCGCUUCGUGGACAAGCGAUGGCCCGUGGGGUGGACGGAUUGGCAGAUUGCGCGCGUGUGUGUCGUCGUCAAAGAAGAUCUGAGUGCGGUUCUGAGCGAGGAGCUGGGGGGCGGCAAAGGGGAGGAAAUGCAAGAAUCGCCCAUUGCAGAAGCCGGGAGAGAUGUUCGGAAGCUCAGGGACCGGGCGGACAUCGACAUCGUGUUCGAGUCUCUGCAGGAGUAGCUUAGCAGAUCCUGUUCAGAACAAGAAAGAGCACUUGGACUGCAACAGCACCGAUCGCUUAUGAACAUGCAGCUGAAUACAGUCAUAGAUUACGAUGGGCAUCGCCGGCGCGGCGUAUAAUACUUGCAAGUGAUACAACAACUACCCAAGAGUCCGAGGCAGCCUCGUAUAUGUCCCAUACACACAAAACCCCACAACACCACUCCUAACCUACAUGCCAGUCGUGAAUUUCGAGCCACUCACUCGUGAGCCUCAAGCCACAUUCCCAUGACCCUGGAAAACUUGCGAGUACUCCGGCGGC